GGUAAGGUAACCGUAGCCAUUUUGGCUCAAGCCAGUCUGGCUCCAGAGGCUCGAGCGUUUUCUCUGGCCUGGGUCGGGCAGCCAGCCCGCGCCACCGCUCGCAUGCCAGGCCAGCCGCUGCGCUCCGAGAGGCCAGCAUGACCUGCCGCCGCCGCGACCGCCGCGGCGCGGCCGCGGCAACGCUUUGCGCAGCCCUGGGGGCCACGUGGCGCGGGCAUCUGGCCCCAGCGGCCUUCGCCGGGCCGGCCGCGGCGCCCACCCCGGUGCGCGGGGCGCCGCUGCGGGAUACGGCCGCCAGCCCCGGCCGCGAAGCGCCGGCUCCUGCAGCUGGACACCCCAGUAGCGUGGAGCGCCAUAUCGGCGUCAAGUGCAUAUGUUGGGACAAAGGCAGUGCGGCGUGGCGCAUUAAGUAUCAAAUACAGAACGGCCCAGAUCGAGGUUGCAUCAAACAGACACGGUUCCGCCCGAAGGACGAGUCGCCGGAGCAGGUGGAGCAGGCGCGGCUCGCCGCCGUCGGGGAGGUGCGGCGGCUGGAGGACGAGGACCGGCUCGGGCGGAUCCGCUCAGGUCGGCACAGUGCGGAGCGCCAGAGCGGCGUCAAGCACAUACAUUGGGACAAAUGCAGUGCAGUGGCGCAUUCAGUAUACGAUACAGAACGGCCCAGAUCAAGGUCGCGGAAAGAGCCCGUGUUCCGACCGAAGGACGAUUCGCCGGAGGAGGUGGAGCAGGCGCGGCUCGCCGCCGUCGAGGCGUUGCUGCGGCUGGAGGAGGAGGACCAGCUCGGGCAGGCCCGCGCUCGCAGCUACAGCCCCACAGAGCGCCAGAGCGGCGUCAAGCACAUACGCUGGGACAACCGCAAGACGGCGUGGCGCAUUAAGUACACGAUACAGAACGGCCCAGAUCAAGGUCGCAGAAAGCAGCCCGUGUUCCACGCGUAUGACGAUUCGCCACUGGAGGUGGAGUUGGCGCGGCUCGCCGCCGUCGAGGCGUUGCGGCGGCUGGAGGAGGAGGACCGGGUCGGUCGGAUCAGCUCGGGCCGGCACCGUGCGGAGCGCCAGAGCGGCGUCAAGCACAUACUGAGGGGCAAAGGCGGUGCGUUGCGGCGGCUGGAGGAGGAGGACCGGGUCGGUCGGAUCAGCUCGGGCCGGCACCGUGCGGAGCGCCAGAGCGGCGUCAAGCACAUAAGCUGGGACAAAUGCAAUGCGGUGUGGCGCAUUCGGUAUACGAUGCAGAGCGGCCCGGAUCAAGGUCGCAGAAAGCGGCCCGUGUUCCGACCGAAGGACGAGUCGCCGGAGGAGGUGGAGCAGGCGCGGCUCGCCGCAGUCGAGGCGCUGCGGCGGCUGGAGGACGAGGACCAGCUCGGGCAGGCCCGCGCUGGUCGGCACAGUGCGGAGCGCCAGAGCGCGCUGCGGAGGCUCCAGGAGGAGGACCGCGCGCUCGAGCGCAGCGGCUCGGGCCGACGGAGCGCGGGGCGCCAGAGCGGCGUCCAGCACGGGAGCUCCAAGACGACGAGCGGCGCAGACAGAGGCACCGGGAAGCAGCCCGCGUGCCGCCCGCAGGACGAGUCGCCGGAGGAGGCGGAGCGGGCGCCGCUCGCCGCCGCCGAGGCGCUGCGGGGGCUCCGGGAGGUGGACGGCGCCCUCGAGGCGAGCGCCUCGGGCGGGCCCUGAAGAGGAGUGGGAGGAGGAA